UAUCUAUAGCCAUCUUGGAUGUAAGGUUAUCUUUUUCUUGUAAUCUUUAUAAAUAGUCUUUAGUCAUGUGUAUAUGUGUUGCAUGUGUGUGUAUGGAAUGUGUUGUGUUAAUCUGCUCAGUUUGUAAAUUUGACAUAAAAAACAUCCUGUAUUUUUGAUAAUUGACAUUGAUCUUUGAUAAUUAGUAGAAAAAGAAGAACAAAGCUGCUGUUGAUUGGUAGUAACAGUUGGUUUGCAGCUUAGAAGGCAGAAUCUCAUGUUAGUUCCACAGUGUUUGACCAAUGCCCUUGCCAGGUAGGGAAGGAGGAGGUUGGAAAACUCCCCAUGGAAAGCGUGAGCUGGAACGGGAGGAGAGAAAAAGAAAAAAAAACAGUCAGCCCAUCCCCUUUAAGGGAAGCCAACCCCUUUAAGAGAGGCUCUGCUCUGUUUUGAGAAUGAGCCAUGCUCCCUGGGCCACAGCAUGCUGGACUGCUGCAGAGUGGAGAGGGCAGAGGGAGAGAGAGAGAGAGAGAGAGGGAGGGAGAGAGAGAGGGAAAGAGAGGUAGAGAGAGAGAGAAAGAGAGAGAAAGGGGAAGGGUGGUGGAGGCUGGGGCGACAGGCUCACUGGCGAGGCGAGCUCACCCACCCACCGCAGGGCUCAGUCAGCCAGUCAGUGAGCAUGGCCUUAUCUACCAAUGGAAUGUAACAGCUGCACAAGGGGAGGGGGAGGAGGGAGUGGUGAGGGGGCAGGGGUGGCGGUUUGCGUGGGGGGAGGGCAGCACGGAGGUGGGCCGGCCGGAACCCCCCUGCCAGACCCCCACUCUCGUCGCCCCCCUCCUCCUCCUCCUCCUUCUCCCCCUCCUCCACUCCUCUCCUCUCCUCCUCUCCAACCCCCCUCUCUCUCGCUCUCUCGCUCUCGUCCCCUCUGCCGGCUGCUUGAAAGGCAGCUCAACUACACGAGAGUGCGAGACUGAGUGAGAGACACAGCAGGGCAGCACGCUGAAAACAGAGAGAGGGGGAGAGAGAGAGAGAGAACAGGGAAGGGAGAAGGAGAGAGAGAAGGAGAGGCAGAGAGAGGGAAGGGGAGAGAAAGCGGGGACAACAGUCAGAGGAAAACACAAAGGGAAGGGAAGUGGAACAGGGGAGGGGGGCUGGGGAGUUGAACAGAGGGUGAAAAGGAGAGAGAGAGACAGAGAGAGAGAGGCGAGGAAGAGGGAAAGACAAAAGAUAGAGGGAGAGAGAGAGAGAGAGAGGACAGCUAGAGCGGGGCGUGCAGGGGGGACAAGGGAAAUGGCCACUGAGGAGUCGGCUGGAGGAGCUCGCAAAGCCACCAAGAGCAAACUGUUUGAGUUCCUCGUCCAUGGAGUGCGUCCUGGAAUGCCAUCUGGAGCACGGAUGCCCCACCAGGGGGCACCGAUGGGGCCUCCAGGCCCUCCGUACGGGGGCAGCCCUACAGUGCGACCCGGUCUGCCUAGCCCGGGGAUGGAACCCAGCCGUAAGCGGCCCGCCGCCUCUCAGCAGGUCCAACAGCAACCUGCUGUCCAGAACAGAGCCAGGAAGAAGCCAGUGGGAUUCCCCGGAGCCAAUGAGAUGCCAGCGAGGCAGAUGGACAUGAGAGAUGCCCAAUCAGAUCCCACGCUCGGAUCAAACGCCAAGAGGAGGAAAAUGGCUGACAAGAUUCUUCCACAAAGGGGCACCAUGCAGCCACAGAUUCGGGAGCUGGUUCCUGAGUCCCAGGCUUAUAUGGAUCUGUUGGCCUUUGAACGCAAACUGGAUCAAACCAUCAUGCGCAAACGGGUGGAUAUCCAGGAGGCCCUGAAAAGACCUAUGAAGCAAAAGAGAAAACUGCGACUUUAUAUCUCGAACACCUUCAACCCCGCCAAGCCUGAUGCCGAUGAUUCUGACGGGAGUAUUGCAUCAUGGGAGCUGAGGGUGGAGGGCAAGCUGCUAGAUGACCCUGGGAAACAGAAGAGGAAGUUCUCGUCGUUCUUUAAAAGCCUGGUCAUUGAGCUGGACAAAGACCUGUAUGGUCCAGACAACCACCUGGUGGAGGCAGCCUUCAGCAAAUCAGCUAUCCAGUCCCUCCAGGAUCUCCAGUGGCAUCGCACUCCCACCACUCAGGAGACGGACGGCUUCCAGGUGAAGAGGCCGGGGGACGUCAGCGUACGCUGCACCCUGCUGCUGAUGCUGGACUACCAGCCUCCCCAGUUUAAGCUGGACCCGCGGCUUGCCCGUCUGCUGGGCAUCCACACGCAGACCCGCUCCUGCAUCAUCCAGGCCCUCUGGCAGUACGUCAAGACCAACAAGCUCCAGGACUCCCAUGACAAGGAGUACAUCAACUGUGACAAGUACUUUCAGCAGAUAUUUGACUGCCCUCGACUCAAGUUCUCAGAGAUUCCCCAGCGCCUUACCAAUCUGCUGCUGCCCCCUGACCCCAUCGUCAUCAACCACGUAAUCAGGAACUCGUUGGCCGGCACCUUUAGGCAGUUUUCCACGGCAGGAGCCGCCCCUGUAGGACCUCUUUCGGGGCCGUGUUCAGGGGCGAAAUACGUACCUAGUCCUGGUGUGGACCCUAAUGACCAGAAGAAGACGGCGUGUUACGACAUUGAUGUGGAGGUGGAGGACCCCCUGAAGGCCCAGAUGAGCAGCUUCCUCCUCUCCACAGCCAAUCAGCAGGAGAUCGCCUCCCUUGACAACAAGAUCCACGAGACCAUUGAGUCCAUCAACCAGCUGAAGAUCCAGAGGGACUUCAUGCUGAGCUUCUCCAGGGACCCCAAAGGCUACAUCCAGGACUGGCUCAAGUCCCAGAGCAGAGACCUCAAGCUUAUGACUGAUGUGGUGGGUAACCCAGAGGAGGAGAGGAGGGCGGAGUUCUACCAUGAGCCGUGGACACAGGAGGCUGUGAGCCGUUACUUUUACUCUAAGAUUCAGCAGCGGAGACAGGAGCUGGAACAGGCACUGGCCAUAAGGAACACCUAAAGCUGACCCUCAACCUUUCACCUUUCACCUUUCACCCCUCACCUUCCACGGGCCUCCCCCAUGUCUACCAUCUGUUCCGCCUGCUGCCUGGAUCUAUUGUCUAAUGUUAUAAUGUGUGUGGGAGGGAACGUCACCAGCUGGUGCAUACACCUGUGAUCACCUUUGACCUGUGACUGGUACCCACACAAGGCCUGCAACUGUAACUUUUACCACAGCAGGUCCAUCUGAGAACACUGCAUCCUUUCCCUCCCCACCCCAACCAAUUAAGCCCAAACUGGUAUCAGUGCCAUGCCUCUAGUUCAAGUCUUUAGGUGUGGCUCAAGCCAACAGCAUGCUUUUGCCAGCUGGUUGCAAAUGCUUGAGGACAGAUCAAAACAGAUGCCUACAAAGAUACUGAACGUGGAGCCAUCUGUUCAGUUGGCUGUACUGGAUCCUCAUCUUCUAGAAAGCAUCUCUUCAUGUUUAUAGCUGUGGGGAGUUCAAAUGAGGCCUCUUAUUUCAAGUGUUUGGGCUCGAGCCAUUGCAGUGUGUUUUUUUUUUUUACAUUGUGAGCAAUAAGCUCUGUGUGUUUGUAUUCAAGUAUUUUUAAGAAGCAUGGUACUAUGGUCAUGGUUCUUUAAAAAUGACAUGUCUGACAUGAAUAUCCUUCCUGAAAUUUGAAGUCACUAAAUGAAGUAUUUUAUGUCAGGCAGCUUUAUUGAAAGGAAUAUUCCUUGGUUCUCCUGAAACUCAAUUAGCACCACAAUGGGUAGAGAAGUCAACUCUUGUUGAAGUAUUAUGAUUGUAAUUUUUAAAAUUUGACUUAUGUAAAUGUAAAAUCAUGAAGGCGCAUUACUAAUGUUUAAUAUAUUGAGAUAAGGUGCAGUAUUGAUUGAUAACCAGAGAUUCAGCAUUGAGGUGUUGAAGGACAUUCUACCUUCUGUUUCAGCUCGUUCUUUUCUGUGCCAAAUACAGCGCACAAAAGCCCCUUCCUGUGUGUCUGCGGGAUAUAACUAAGAAUUACAACUCUAACUGUGGUCAACACACUCAAAAUGCAAACCACAUAGGUGGAGUAAAUGUCAGUUACGUUUUGUAAAUAGUCUCUUUUUCUUUACCUUAGACUCUUCACAUGGCAUUUUACUGAUGUGUGUGGUGUGGAGCACACUAAGGUCUAGAAGGAAAAUUGUUGCUGUAUGAAGUAAAUAUAGCUGUUACUUUGAAUGGAACUAUGAUGGGGAACAAUCAGGUUAAACAGGGUGAAACCAAGACGAACGCCACGCAACCGUUAGGGUGUGUUGUACAUACUCCGUAGGUUCACUCCCACAUUUGAGUGAAAACCUUGUCAGAGAACAAGUAACACAACUGAAUGAAAAGUAGAUGUGCUCCUAAGAAUAAUGUCAGUGACUCAACGCAAUGGAACAGUCAUGUAAUAUGUUCUAUUGUAGGGCACUAGGUUCAUGGCCCAUUUGAGAGGCCCCGCAAUGACUGGCAAUUUUUUUUUUCUUUUUUUUUCAAAGCAAGUUUGUGUUUGCCUUUUAGUUGUACUUGACAUCACAUUGAUUUUUGUCACAAGAAACAGCCUGCACCAGAAUUUCCUCAUUCUGUAACACAGAGGAGUCGCCAAAGGGAACGGACAUCAGAAGUGGAAUCCUUACGGGAGCCGGCGUAGUUACGGAACAAUCAUGAGCCACUGUUACACCGAGUGUUGGAUGAAACCACGAAGGAUGUUUCUUUCUUUUUCUUUUCUUUAAAAAAAUAAAUACAAAAAAAAGUAAUAUGUAAAUAUAGACAUUUUACACUGUAGGAUGACAACUGUGCAGUUUUUGUGUGUGAAGGGGUGGGAGGUAUGGGGGGCAGGGGUGGGAAGUAGUUUGGGUUCAAAAGGACCGUUUGGGGUGUUUUGGGUUGUAUAUUAGAGGGGAAAGGUCACUCUUUGCUGACAUACAACAACAAUAUCAUCCAUGUUAAAUCCCUUAUUGAUCUGGUGGGUUUUCUUUUGGGUUGUUUCUGGCAUGCCCUGACCUGGCCCUCAUAUGCUUGCUUGUAUGGCAGAAAAGGCCUAUGACUGGACACCAGCUUGGCAUCUGAUUGGAUAUUUUAGCUGUGCCCAUGUCCUCUACUGUUGCCUGAGUUGUAUAUGUUGGCACUUUCCUCAUACUUUGAUCAUCCUUUUUGUAAGAUAACUGAUGGAAACUGAAACCCUCCUACUGGGGAAGAUGGAGGAGAGUUUUUUAAGAGAUUUUUUUAAAGACUUAUGCAUGCUGCAUGGACAAACCAUUCCCCCCCACACACACACACACUCACUGAUAAAAAAAUAAAAAAAAAGAUUCCAUCCAAUAUGACAAUGGCCAGCUGCCCAUAAAGAUAAGGUUUGAGGCGGUUGCUAUGCUAACCAAUCCUAAAAGGACAGUGGAAAACGACCACCAACUUACUUGGUAACACAGCUCUAAAGAGGAGUCUCUCCACCAUUAGAUUGAAACCACAAUCGCCUACCGUUCUAAUACAUGUGCUACAGCUCAGCUGGCCUGUUCAGUGGGCUAUACUGGACCCUGCAUCAACUGUCACACAGAUGUCUGGUCUAUGUGUUGGACUGUCACCAUUUAAAACCUUUUUCUUCUUGACGAGCGUCAAGUAACCCAUUGUUCCUGAUGUCGGGGCACGUCAAAUCAGGGAGCCUAUAGAUGUGAGUUUACUGUCCCUACAGACCUAUACAGGUGCAAUUAUAUUUUCAAGUCGAAUGUCUCACCGAAAACAUUGUUUUAAAUAAAAGGUCACCUUGAUCCACUGUCAGCAAAGAGAAAACCAAGUGAAGGAACGGCUGUUACUUUUGUCAGACAGCUUGGAUGUCAAUAAAUAAGCGCUUGCCAAAGUUUGUAAAUGCAAGAAAGCUGGAAAGAA